AUGACACUUUCCAUGGAUUUCCACAGCAACAAAGAUUCCGCAGAGAUCAUUAGAGCUGUUGAACAAGGCAAUUCAAUCAAUGACCUUGCAAAAUUAUUCCUCCUCAAAAUACCUCCCGUUGUCGUUGACCUUGUCGUGGCUUAUGUAGCCUUCACGACCCUCAUUGUCGGCAUUUCAUACGUGUGUAUUACGAUCAAGCUCACGAACUGGACACAGCUUCGCCGGCGAGCCUACAAAGAGACAUCCCGGGCUGAGAGCAACGUUGAAUCAGAGAAAGAUCGUUACUCCAGAGCUGUUCAGGACUCGCUCAAUGCUAAACGGGCGUACCGAAACUGGAUGAAUUCGGGAAAUGCAGUUGAGGCACUAAUCAUGUUCCUGAGUUUACUCAGCGCCUCACUCCUCGCGAUACGAAAAAUUUCCUCUGGGGAUGCCUCAACUGGCGAUUUUGUCACCCUUGGAUCUUUCUGGGCAACGAUGACGUACCCUCUUGAGAUGAUAGCAUGGCCCCACUCUAACAUGACAUCAAUUUUCAUCGACGCAGAACGCCUGUUACAGUUGCUCCGCACGAAACCGUCAGUUUCAGAUCAACCGAACUCAUACGAACUCGAAGUAUCCACCGGGAAGAUUGAGUUCUGUAACGCUGAGUUUUCCUAUAGUUCAACAGGGAAGAAAAUUCUCAAUGGUAUCAACUUUGAGGCGACACCCGGUAAGACGGUUGCCUUCGUUGGUAAGACGGGAGCCGGAAAAUCGACCUUACUCAAACUGAUCUGCCGUUUCUACGAUGUAACGGGUGGAUCUAUCUUGAUUGAUAAUCAAGAUCUACGCGACGUUACUCUUAGAAGCUUACGGAAUGUUCUCGGUGUCGUUCCUCAAGAUCCUUGCCUUUUCAAUCAAACAAUUCUCGAGAAUGUUCGGUACUCAAGACCUGGCGCAACAGAUGAGGAAGUCAUUGAUGCAUGCAAAGACGCGGCGCUUCAUGGAAAUGUCAUGUCCCGUCCUGACGGCUACAAUACCAAAGUCGGGGAACGAGGCGUAAAGCUUUCCGGCGGCGAACUUCAACGCGUGGCUAUUGCACGGCUACUAGUGAGGAAGUCAAAGAUUGUCAUCCUUGACGAGGCAAUAAGUGCUAUGGACUCAUCAACAGAGGCGCAAGUUCAGGAGGUGUUCCAGAUGCUUCGAUCUGGACGAACGAUGUUUUUUGUAGCCCACCGGCUAUCCACCAUCAUGGAUGCGGAUUUGAUUCUCUUUAUCAAAGAUGGCGAUAUUGUUGAAAGAGGCACACACCAGGAGUUAAUUAGAAGGAAAGGAGAGUACUUUCAGCUCUUGAAGCGUCAGAAUGGGCGGAAAGAACAGAGGUAG